GUCCGCCCUGAGCCAGUUGCCGCAGCGGGUCGCCCACGUGAUGACCAUGGAUGCGAAUGCUGCUCUGGCGCCCCAGCUCCCGCGCGUUGGUUUUGCGGGCCAACGCCGCACGCGCACCAGCCUGAACGGCAACGGCGCCCGCUUGCUAGACCCCCUCCAGACGUUCCACUUGUCCGCCCUCAACACCUUCGGCAAGCGCACGAGACAUCAUGGAACGUGGAAGCAUGUGAUCGGCAAGGGUUGGACUACCAUAGACUACAUCUGCGUUAGAUUAUGUGGAGCCUAUGGCACCAAG